UUUUAGCGUUAUCAAUAACAAUCAUUUUAAAAAUUUAUAUAGAUAAUUUCUAUAAAAAAUUAAACUUUUGUACAAUACAAUAAUUAAAAAAAAAAUGGAUUUUAAUUCACAAAAACAUAAAAAUUACUCUAAAGAGGUUAAAAAAAGUGUGAAAGCGGCUUUUGAUGAUGAAGAAGAUAUUUAUCAAGAUGUGGAGAUGCUUGAAGAUGAAUAUGAAGACGUAGAGAUGCUUGAUGAAGAAAUUGAAGAGAUUGAGACGGAGAGUGAGAAAAUUAGUGAAGAAAUAAAAAAAUUUAAGAACUCUGGAAUUGUCAAGUUGAAAUUCAGGUGUAAUGAAUGCAGGAAGUGGUUCGGUAGCAUAUCUCUGCUAGCUACGCAUUACAUGAAGCAUGAUACUAGAAUUUCUAAUGUUCAAAUUAAGUAUUGCAAUAUAUGCAGAAGAGUCAUUAGUAGAAAAUGGAAGUACUUAUACCACAUGCAAUUGCACUUGUCAUCAUUGAAGAAAGCGACAAAAAUUAAAUAAGUUUUUUUUUUUUUUAGUUUAAUAAAAAAUUUUUU